GUCGGCGUUGACACUGACAAGCGUCAACAGUUAUCAUCAUUCAGUUCGUUUACUCCAUUCGUUCAGGGUUUGUCAUCAAGUGAUUAAACAGUGAAUACAAGAAAAAAUGGCGACCGAAGUGGAAGACACAAUCAAGAGGAUUCAGGCCCAUAAGGGGGUAAUGGGAGUUAUCAUAGUGAACCACGAAGGUAUACCCAUCAAAAGUUCGCUGGACAAUGCGACAUCUGUUCUGUAUUCUGGUUUGAUCGGUCAGCUUACUGAAAAAGCCAGGAAUGUUGUGAGGGAAAUGGAUUCCACUAAUGAGCUGACAUUCCUCCGUGUGAGGAGUAGGAGACACGAGAUUCUAAUUGCACCAGAUCGUGAAUUUAUACUCAUUGUCAUACAGAAUACUUCAGAUUAACUCUGAACUGAGGAUCUAUUGGAUGGCUUAAAAUCUAGACUUAAAAUACUGCUAAUAUUGUUUUCAGGAAACAGAUAUUUGCAGUGGUAUAGAAAAGAUCUUUCUGUAUACUUUUAAGCUCUGAUUGAAAUCAGCCAUUGCAGUAGAACUCACUAAUUUAGGUCUCACUUAUUGUAAUUUUAAGCUUUGAAAUUAUUACUAAGAAUAACUUGAUACUACCUAAAGAACAAAAUAUUGUCUUUGGUAAGUGCCAUCUUGCAAUACCCUGGCACUGCAAA